AAUUAAAGUAAACGGGCUAAAGAUAACUUAAAACGAAGCAGCAAAUGAAGUCCUUUUGUCUGUUCCAUUUUUUUGUCUGAGUCUUUAUUCUUCCGUGGAAGAGCGCACGCCAUUUGAGUUCUCUCAACGUGACGUCAAACACUAGUCAAGCAACUAAAACGCUCCGCAUCCAGCGUGCCUUUCACCCGGGAUCUGACAGCAAAGCUCAAUGCAUCUGCGCUUAUAAGGCAUUGUCUUGCUCUGUUGCAGCAGGACCUUUCUCGCUCUCUUGCAAUUGGAUUUUAUAAAAAUGGGACUAUUCAAUGCCCUUAGAGAUUUUAGUUUAUUGACAUGGCUAAGAGAAGAAAGACAAUCUCGGAGGUUGAUUCUCUUGAUCGUUUUUAUCGCUUUGCUGCUGGACAACAUGUUGUUGACGGUGGUCGUGCCUAUAAUUCCCAGCUACCUGUACACAGUGGAUGACGAAGCCUCGCAGGCAGCCCCGAAUCACUCCAUCUCCUCUAUUUCCCAAUCUGGCACCUUUCAGAGCAUCGUGUCUUUGUACGAUAACUCUACACGUCUGACCGGCUUCAGUCCGCAGAUGAGCACGGCCGGCCUGUUGACCCCAGCCUCUUCCUCUGCACAUCCUCCGCAAAAUCAUUCUGACUGCCCGAAAGCAGACGACCAGCUCCUAAAUGAGAAUGUUAAAGUGGGUCUGUUGUUUGCCUCUAAAGCAACAGUACAGCUCAUCACUAACCCCUUCAUAGGACCCCUCACCAACAGGAUAGGUUACCAGAUCCCAAUGUUUGCCGGUUUCUGCAUCAUGUUUGUUUCAACGCUCAUGUUUGCAUUUUCAUCCAGCUAUUCGCUGAUGUUUUUGGCGAGAUCUCUGCAGGGUGUCGGUUCCUCCUGUUCUUCUGUAGCAGGUAUGGGGAUGCUGGCUAGUGUUUACACAGAUGAUGAGGAAAGAGGAAAGGCUAUAGGAAUUGCCCUGGGAGGUCUAGCCAUGGGAGUUUUGGUUGGCCCUCCAUUUGGCAGUGUCAUGUAUGAAUUUGUCGGAAAGACGGCCCCUUUUCUUAUACUGGCUGUACUUGCAGUGCUAGAUGGAGCUCUGCAACUAUUUGUGCUUCAGCCGUCGAAGGUUGAACCAGAGAGCCAGAAAGGAACUUCGCUGAUGACCCUCAUGAAAGAUCCUUACAUUCUCAUUGCAGCAGGUUCCAUUUGUUUUGCUAACAUGGCCAUUGCUAUGCUGGAACCAGCUCUGCCCAUCUGGAUGAUGGAAACUAUGUGCCCAAGGAAAUGGCAGCUAGGAGUUGCAUUUGUGCCAGCCAGUAUCUCAUAUCUUAUAGGGACCAACAUCUUUGCCGUUCUGGCUAACAAAAUGGGGAGAUGGCUGUGCUCACUCAUUGGAAUGCUGCUGGUUGGUAUCAGCAUUCUCUGUGUGCCUUUUGCAAAAGACAUAUACGGACUGAUUGUGCCAAACUUUGGAGUUGGAUUUGCAAUUGGUAUGGUGGACUCCUCCAUGAUGCCCAUCAUGGGUUAUCUAGUGGAUCUAAGGCACGUGUCUGUGUAUGGUAGUGUGUAUGCCAUUGCUGAUGUUGCAUUCUGCAUGGGCUUUGCUUUAGGUCCAUCAGUAGGCGGGGUGAUCGCGAAGAGUAUUGGCUUCCCCUGGCUCAUGACCAUCAUUGGUAUGGUGGACAUCCUGUUCGCUCCACUAUGUUUUUUCCUGCGAAAUCCUCCCGCCAACGAGGAAAAGAUGGCUAUUUUGAUGGACUCCAACUGCUCAAUGAGGACGCGUUCCUACUCCACCCAGGGCUCCAGCUAUCAAAUGGGUGACGAUCUGGACCCCGAGAGCCCCGAAUAAGCCGAGUCACUGCCCUCGACCAUGUACAGUAUGUCACCUAUUUUGUUGUAUGAAAGAGGUAAACAACAGACU